AUGCCUUCGAGAGAGGAGAAGAUGCUGACUGAUCGUUUGAUUCAACAGAAGUCUUUGUUGGCGAUCCUGAAAUCAGUGGAAAAGUUCGUCAAGGGCUUCGAAGCAGAACGAGAUUCCUGUCAAGUGCAAGUGCGGCUUGAUUCGUUGGACCGAGCGAACAAUGCCUUCUUGGAGAACCAAGACACCAUUGAAAGGCUAGAUUCUGACGAACUGGAUGCUCAUCUGGAGGAAAGAGUGGAAUUCGAGCAUCGUUUCUGCACCGCAAAGGGUUUCCUACUUUCCAAGCGUCCCGCCGAUACCAGUCAACAGCUGAAUACUUCAAUUGUCGUUCCGCCAACCACAUUCCACCUCCGUUUACCACAGAUCGACCUGCCACGUUUCAAUGGCGAUUUCUCACGUUGGUUGUCAUUCCGAGACGCUUUCUCGUCCAUGGUUCACUCCAAUGCGGACAUACCAACGGUCGCCAAACUGCAAUACCUCUUGCAGUCGCUCGAAGGGGAGGCAAAGAAGCCUUUCGAGUCCAUCGAUAUUGAAGCCGACAAUUACGCCUCUACGUGGGAUGCUCUCAUCAAGAGGUACGAUAAUCGCCGUUUUCUCAAACGUCAGCUUUUCCGGACACUCUACGAUUUGCCGGCGGUGAAGCAGGAGUCUGCUAAACGCAUCCACAACCUGGUCGAUGAUUUCCAGCGCCAUGUACGGGCGCUCGCGAAAUUGAACGAACCUGUGGAGCAUUGGGAUACUCCGUUGGUAAAUAUCCUGUCGUACAAGCUGGAUCAAUCCACUUUGCGAUCCUGGGAAGAGAAGACGAGCGAAAAGGACGACGUCAAGUAUGACGAACUGGUAGAAUUCCUCUACCAGCGUGUUCGAGUGUUAAACUCCGUUGGCUACGAUCAACAGCAGCAACCGGCAUCUUCAAAGGUGGCCGGUAGCACACCGAAGCCCUCCAAGUUCAAGUUCGCAGCAAACGCCACUGCAUCCUCCAGUUCGAAUGCUUCUUGUCCACUGUCCUGUUCUGACAACCACGUCCUUCGCAACUGCCCAGUAUUCCUCGGGAAGGAUGUACGCCUUCGCCGAGAAUUCAUGACGCAGAAACGGUUGUGCUGGAACUGUCUGGGAAGCGGACAUCAAUCGAAAAAGUGCGCCUCGAAGUUUACGUGCCGAACGUGCCACGAACGACACCAUUCUCUGCUGCACGAUUCCGGUACAUCCAAGGCAUUUUCGAGUUCCUCCGGAUCAUCAUCUUCUCCUGUACAGCAACCGAUUCCAUCCACAAGUGUGGGUCCUUCAUGUGGGAGCUCCGCUUCACCCAAUGUCAGCAUGGCAGUCCAAACUGCAUGCAGCAUCGUUCUGCUGGAAACGGUUGUCCUGAAUAUCGUCGAUGAUCAUGGCAGAAAGCAUCAGGCAAGGGCCUUACUGGACUCGGCGUCAAUGUCCAACUUCAUUUCGAAGCCGCUGGCGAAGCGGUUAUUCAACCCACGGUCAAAGGUGGACAUAUCAAUAGCAGGAAUCGGCCUCUCGACGCAGAACGUUAAAAGCGCUAUCACCGCAACGGUUCAAUCGCGGACGCAGGAAUUCUCCACGAAGCUUCAAUUCCUAGUCCUCAAGAAUCCGUCAGCGGAGCUGCCUACAAUUCCGAUCAAUAUUUCGUCGUGGAAUUUCCCGGAUGUUACUCUCGCAGAUCCACGAUUCCAUAUCCCAGGAAGGAUAGACCUUAUCAUCGGAAGUGAAGCCUUCUGGGAGCUACACACUGGUCGGAAGAUUUCAUUGGGCAAUGAUCUUCCAUGGUUGACUGAAACGCCAUUCGGAUGGGCUGUCGCUGGAACAACAUCCAAUCAGUCAAAAUGCAUUCCUCGGAUCUGCAAUCUUUCGACAAAGGACGAUCCUCUAGAAACCGCACUCCUGAAGUUCUGGGAAAUCGAAACCAUCUCCGAUGGUCCACCACUAUCUGUGGAAGAAAAUCGCUGUGAGCAACACUACACAGCGACCACUACUCGUGAUCCAUCUGGGAGGUACAUCGUCAGUCUUCCUCGAACCGACAAUCCCGAAGUUGUCCUAGGAAGCUCCCGGGAAAUCGCAGAUCGUCGUCUUCGAAGCAUCGAGCGGCGACUCGAACGUGAUCCUGCUACCAAGGAUGCAUACCACCGCUUCAUUGACGAGUACCUCGAAUUAGGACACAUGAAGAAGCUUGACGAACCGGUAGACGAUGACAUUCCUCAUUGCUACAUCCCGCACCACGCUGUCUUCAAGGAGUCGAGUACAACAACGAAGGUCAGGGUCGUAUUUGACGCGUCGUGCAAGACGUCGUCGGGAUAUUCACUGAACAACACGUUAUUGGUUGGUCCAGUCGUUCAGGAAGAUCUUCAAGCACUGGUGCUGAGGUUUCGCAUUCGCUUCGUUGCUAUGGCUGCCGACGUGGAGAAAAUGUAUCGCCAAAUGCUUCAUUUCGCCAGCGACCGAAGAUUCCUACGAAUCCGCUUCAGGAAGAGCCCCACCGAUCCGAUUUCUACCUACGAACUGCAGACAGUCACCUACGGUACUGCGUCUGCUCCGUUCUUGGCCACGAGGACUCUGCAACAAAUCGCUUUAGAUAAUGGAGACCAAUUUCCAGUUGCUGUAGAAGCGGUGAUCCACGAUUUCUACGUUGACGAUUUUCUGUCUGGUGCCGACGAUGUAGAAUCUGCCAUCCAGCUUCGCAAGCAGGUAACAGAGAUGCUCAGUGCUGCUGGAUUUCCAAUCAAGAAGUGGGCAUCAAAUAUUCCUGAGGUUCUCCAGGACGUUCCACUGGAAGAUCUGGCACUCAACCCUCUACACGACCUACAAGAUGAGCCAGCCGUUUCAACUCUCGGUCUCGUCUGGGAACCAUCGAAUCACGUACUUCGGUUCAAGGUCCAGCUACCACUUCCCGCUGCGAUCCUGACGAAGCGUAAGGUGAUGUCUUACAUCGCUCAAAUCUUCGACUCGCUUGGUCUCGUGGGUCCUACGAUCGUUGUCGCCAAACUUUUCAUGCAGCGUUUGUGGGCCUUGAAGCAGAAUGGUGAAGAUUGCGAAUGGGAUACUGCACUCCCCCGCAAGCUGCAAGAAGAAUGGAAGGAUUUCCAUGCUACUCUCCAUUUAUUGAGUGAAGUUCGUGUUCCACGAUUCGUCUCGCUGCCUAACGCUAUUAGCAUUCAGCUUCACUUCUUCGCCGAUGCCUCCAAGGGAGCGUAUGGGACCUGCUGUUACGUGCGGGCCGAAACUAGUGACGGUGUUUCAAUUCAACUUCUGACGGCCAAAUCCAAGGUUGCGCCGUUAUCCAGUCGGCAUUCGAUAGCCCGGCUAGAACUCUGCGCUGCACGAUUAUCGACGCAGCUCUACAAGAAGGUGAAUGCUGCCCUGAAGAUAUCUGCCACUGCUUUCUUCUGGACGGAUUCCACCACCGUUCUUCAAUGGCUACAAUCAUCGCCUAGCCGUUGGAAGGCAUUCGUAGCGAAUCGAGUAGCGCAAAUCCAGCACGCAAGCAACGUGAACUGCUGGAAACACAUUGCUGGCAUCGAGAACCCUGCUGAUGAUAUCUCGCGAGGACUGAAUCCAGUGGACCUUCUGCAAUGCAAGCGCUGGUGGAACGGUCCUGAGUGGCUGUCACGUGCUCCGGAAGCCUGGCCGAAACCAAUUCCAUCCGAAGAAGAAACGGGAGCGACUGAUGAAGAAGUUCGUAAGGCAACACUCGUUGCGAUGACCGUUGUUCAGGUGGACUUCUGCGACGAUUUGUUUGCUCGUUACUCUGGUUGCUCCAAGCUUCGUCGUGUUACAGCUGUCUGCUUACGCUACGUUCGUUCUUUACGAGAACGUGCAUCGCUGCGCCGUUGUGAUCCGGUAAAGUACACCACUAUCAGCAUUGAAAACAAGCCAAUUCCUCCACUCACCACCAUGGAACUUCAACGUGCAGAACUACGCUUAUGUCGUCUAGCACAACAGCAGACAUUUUCAGAAGAGAUUUCCGAUCUUGUCAGUGGUGAAAGAGUCGUUAAGUCAUCCAAGCUGAAGUGGCUGAGACCAUUCAUCGAUCAAGACGGUAUCCUUCGUGUUGGUGGUCGGCUGCGAAACGCUGAACUCUCCGACUUUGUCAAGCAUCCGAUCGUGCUCGCUGCCAAACAUCCACUGUCGACUCUGCUGGCUAGUUCUUUUCACUUGAAGCUUCUGCACGCAGGCCCGCAACUCCUGCUAGCCACUCUCCGCCAGAAGUAUUGGAUUCUGGGCGGCAGAAAUCUUGUAAAAUCCGUCUUUCACCAUUGCCACACUUGCUUUCGUAGCAAGCCCACACUAGUCCAGCAGGACACAGCAGAUCUACCGGCAUCCCGAGUCUCACCAACUCGACCCUUUUCCGUCUGCGGCGUUGAUUACUGUGGACCGUUCUUACUGAAGUCACCCGUCCGCAAUCGCAGCCCAACGAAGGCAUACGUAGCGAUCUUCGUCUGCUUCGCUACAAGGGCUGUGCACAUCGAGCUAGUGAGUGACCUUACUACAGCGGCAUUCCUAGCAGCUCUUCGUCGAUUAGUCGCCCGCAGAGGAAAGGUUGCUGAACUGCAUUCAGACAACGCCACUACGUUCAAAGGAGCCUCGCACGCACUGUACCGUGUCUACCAGAUGCUGAAGGUGAACGAUUCCGACCGUGAGAAAGUCCUGAACUGGUGUUCCGAGAACGAGAUCCGUUGGAAAUUUAUUCCACCUCGAGCGCCUCACUUUGGAGGCUUGUGGGAGGCUGCCGUGAAGUCUGCAAAGAAGCACCUGUUGAAGACCAUCGGGAACAUCAGCAUCGGCUACGAAGACAUGUUGACUCUCCUAGCCCAAGUCGAGAUAAGCCUCAACUCCCGUCCGCUAACAUCAAUGCCGAGUGAGCCAUCCGAUAUGGAGGUUCUUACUCCAGGACACUUUCUCGUCGGAAGUAAUUUGCAUGCUGUUCCGGAAGCCGACCUGCGUGGGGUUCCUGACAAUCGCCUAAACUCGUACGAGCUGACCCAGAAACAUCUCCAGAACAUCUGGUCUCGCUGGUAUCCCGAAUACCUGCAACAAUUGCAGUCACGUGCUAUCAAAGGCUGCAAUCCACCUGUCACUGUGGAAGUCGACAGAAUCGUUAUCGUUAAGGAGGACAACGUUCUUCCAGCCAGCUGGCCGCUCGGUAGAAUUACCAAGCUCCAUCCAGGCAAGGAUGGUGUCGUCCGAGUCGUCACAUUACGAACAGCACCUGGCAAGGACAUCGUCCGUCCAGUAGCAAGGAUCGCUCUGCUACCGUCACCGAAUCCAGCCCUCUAA